GUGAGGAUAAACCACUUUCGCAAUCAUUAUGAGCUGACUCGCAAAAACCUCAUGGUGAAAAAUCUCAAAAGAUAUAGGAAAAAUCUUGAAAGAGAUGUUGGUCGCAUGGAGGCAUCCAAAUGUGAAUUCUUCCCCUGCACUUUUGCACUGCCAAGCGAAUAUCAUCUGUUUGUAGAGGAAUUCAAAAUAAGCCCUGGUAGCACCUGGAUCAUGAAGCCGGUAAGCUAGGCAAUAGAUUAAAUCUAGUGCAAUAAAAAUUAUCUUUAUUAUCAUCAAUUCACCAUCAAAAUUAACUAGCAAUGUUAUUUAGGUGGCAAAAUCGCAAGGGAAAGGAAUUUUUCUGUUCAGGAAACUGAAAGACAUCAUGGAUUGGAAGAAGAUUGAUAAUUUUGUGUUAACACAGGAUGGCACACGCUCAGAGGAACAGAAGGAUGCAGCUCAAGUGGAAAGCUAUGUGGCACAACGCUAUAUAGAGAACCCUUACCUAAUAAAUGGCCGGAAAUUUGAUCACAUAAAAUUCUGGAUGCAACACAACUUCCUCAAACUCAACAGCAAUAAAACUGAACUCCUCCUCAUCAGCUCCAAAUCCACCCUCAGCAAAACCCACAACCUGACAGUCACCAUUGAUGGCACCCCUGUUUCCCCCUCCACCCAGGCACGCAACCUUGGCGUUAUAUUUGACCCCACCCUCUCCCUCGAGCCCCACAUCCGUCAAGUUGUAAAAACCUCAUUUUUCCACCUCCGCAAUAUUGCCAAACUCCGUCCCUCUCUCACCCGCCCUGCAGCUGAGCGACUCAUUCACGCCUUCAUCUCCUCCUGCCUUGACUACUGCAACUCACUCCUCUACGGCAUCAGCUCCACAUCCCUCAGUAGACUCCAGCGUGUCCAGAACGCAGCCGCCAGACUCCUCACCCACACCAAAUCAUGGCAUCACAUCACCCCGGUCCUCAAAUAACUCCACUGGCUCCCCGUUUCACACCGCAUCCACAACAAA